CUGAUUCAAGACAGCGAGAUAACCAUGCCGACCGUCCCUGCCCGAAGCUUUGCCACCCAGCGACUACGUUUCGGCCAAUCAAUCAAGGUCAUCAACUCAUCUGGUGGCCAGGUUGUGGACUUCUGGGCUUUCUCGCUUCCAUCCACUAUCUCUUUCCCGCGCUAUAUGUCCAUGACGCAUACUCGUUCAACCUUGCAUAAGUUUCUGCCUUCGCUGCAGGAAUCUUUCCUCGACAACCGACGAGAUCCUAUUCUGACAGUUACGGAGGAUGCGUCUCCCGGAAUUCACGAUGUCCUUUAUGCCGCCUGCUCCCCAGAGCGCUAUCUACAGCUCGGCGCCUCGAUAGAACAUGAUAAUUGCGCGGAUAACCUCUUCAAAGCGGUGAAGAAGAUUGACGAUCCAUCGUUUCAGUACCUGGUGGAGUUCCUCGAGCAUGGCUGGAUGCCUGAUCCUCUGAACCUGUUCAUGAAUGUGGCUGUCGACAAGAACAAGUUGACGUGUUUGAUCCCGGGAAGCAAGGCCGGGGAUUUUAUCACCCUCAGGGCAGAGCAGGAUUGUAUCGUCGUGAUGAGUGCUUGCCCCAUGGAUGUGAGCGCUUGUAACGAGGGCGAACCUACCAGUAUUGAUUUUCAAGUUCUUUGAUUUGAGAUAGAACUUUGGCAUGAUACAUCCGGGCUCGCAAAAAUAUACUUUGCAUAGCAUGUUCAGAAC